UAUAUUCUAAACAGGCGCGCGCGACGCGCUGUCACGUCUGCCUCCGUGAGCGCGCCGCCGCCGCGCAUCGUUGCCGUUGCCGUCGAUCACGUCUCUCGAUAUAUCUCGAACGACAUUGCGCGCCUUCGGACGCACGUACUAUCUCGAAAGGCCAAGUGCGCGUACCGACAAGCCCCGCUAAGCAUCUUCCCUCUUCCCUCUUGAGCCGCGGCAGGAGGAACAUCGUCGCGCAGCGCAAGUAAGGACUUUGGUAACUCGCGCGACCGCUGUUGUUGUUGUUGUUGUUGUUAUUACACUCGUCGCGAUCCGUUUCCCCGUUUUUUCUCGUCUCCGUUCGUCACGCCUUGCUUUUCAUUCUUCCCUUCUUUUUCUCUCUCUCCUCUCUCUUCCCUUUCUCCCUCCCUCUUCCUGUGCCUUCCUUGCUUUCUUUCUUUCCUCUCCUCUCUACCUUCUCCCCGAUAUUAUUUAUUGUUCACUCUCUUUCUCUCGACUUCUCUCUGCCGUUUUUCCCUCGCGCUCCACUCGUUCCUCCUCGUACUUCUUCUCCCUCCCCCUGUCUUUCUUGCUCUUUCUCUGUCCCUCUCUCACCCUUUCCUUCGCUCCGACGUCGUCUCGUGGGGUCAGUGCCUGCUCGAUCGGAUCCUGAGCAGGAACAUACCGGUGGAGGAGGAAGAAGAGGAGCAGGAGGAGGUUGAGGACGAUCUCUCUACCUCGGCGAGAGACUGCAACCGCUGCAGCGAACGCACCGCCGCGCCACGUCCUCCGCGGAUCGGAGUGCUCCGUUUUUCGCGCCACGCGGCGGUGACUCGGGGACGCGAGUAUUAUGUGACGACGACCAGCAACACACGCAGCACAUCAUCGCGAAAUCGUCGGUGGAUUGAUCAGUUCGACGGACAGACGCGCGCGAGCCGCGGUCCGUCUGUCGUUCGCGGUGCAGGAAACUCGGCGUCCCUUAUCACGCCGCUUCUCGCGUAGUAUCACUCGCUUUUUUCUCAUUCCCGUCGUGUCCCUCCUCUUUUCUCCUCGUCGCAUCGUUUCCCUGUCUCCUUUUCUCUCUUUCUCUCUCUAUCUUUUUCUCACUCCCUGUUUCUGUCUUUCUCAUCCGUGCGCACUUGGUACGCAUUUCUCCCUCUCUCUCUCUGUCUCAUUCUCCUCAUUCUCGCUCGCUCGCUCAUCCGCUCCUUCGCGGCCGCCGUUCGCUGUCUCGCUCGCUCCAGUCGCGUGUUUUCUCGCGAACAGAUACGAGAAAAAGGAGAAUCGCGGCGCGAGUGAUACCGCCGCCGCCGUCGCGUGCGAGAGAGAGACACAUCGUCCCGGAGAGAAGGGGACCGAACGAGUCGCGAGUUUGUGUUUUUGUUUAUCCGGAGCGGACUGCACCGGUAACUGCACGCUGCACUGGGCUGGUGCGCGAGAGGAAGUGCGAGUGGACGCCUCGGAAGGACGAUUCGUCGCUGGAGGCGUUCGAGAAAGAUUGUCGUACCGUCCGAGGAAGGAAGCGAGAAAGAGAGACAUGGCCCUCGUUUUCAUGAGAGAAGAGGGAUCUUCUAACUCGAAGUGAGCAUCGCGCUCGGAUUACUGGACUUUCUUCGGGGAGAGAAGUGGAGGACGAAGCCUUCGGAGGAGAGAGACGCGUCGGAAGAAACAAGAAGGCGGGGACAAACGUAAGAAUGGACCAUGAGGAAACGCGGUGCCGGCUGGUAGCAGACGAGCGAUCGGGCACGCUUGCACCACGUCGCUGGUCCUCGUCGUCGCGUUCCCGGUGUCACGUCCAGUCCCGAAGCCGGCAGGUGUCGCGAGCGGCAGGUACGAGCUCGACAGGUGCGAUAAUCGGGGGUGGCCCGGUCGCUGCCGCCGGGCCGGCGAUGCGACGAUGAGCUCGCCGAGGGUGCCACUACCCCUCCACACCCGACCAAAGCCCCGCGUAGUAGCAAGGCCGGGUCGUCUCAGCAGCGAGGCCGAGCGACGAGGAGGCGCGACCGGAGGCGGUUCAAGGCCGAGACUAUCCGCGUGGCCAUGGACCACGAGGCGAGGAACGGAACCGGCAGCAACGACCACGACGAGGAGUUCACUAAUAUUUACUUCAUCGUCGGCGACCGCAUGGAGACGGCCACUUACAAGGCGAACCAGGUCACGGACAUGGAACUCAAAGAACUCUUCAGAAACGCGGCGGAGGCUGGUCCUCUGGACAUCGUGAAGCUUCGCAAGGGAGACAAGCUGUUCAACAUCUCGUCUCAUCUACCGCCGAACACGCCCGACACGCCUUAUGUCCUCCAGAUCGUUGGCGCGCAUCCCGCUUCUUCGAGGGUGAUCGAGGCGGAAGUGCUUUGGACUCUGGAGAGGCGCGUGGCGGCCUUGGAGCGGCAAUUGCGAGAAUAUGAAGAAGCCUCCUGCGCCGCACCCUCGCUCGCCCUGCGAGAGAUGAAGCGCCAAGUAGACAGUUUCAAAAACAAAUUCGAGAACAACGACCAGCUGAACUGGUUCAGUUUCUACAAGCAGCUUCUGGAGCCCAUCUAUAUGGAUUCCUGCCGCAGAUUGCAGUACCGCCGGAAGAGCGACAGCAUGAAGCGGAAGAUCCGGGAGAAGUUUCUCAAUAUCUGCGAUGUGACGGUCUCGACGAGCGUUCGCGAAUGGCUGCGCUCGCCGGCUUUCGACGCGCGACAAUGGGAGGACGAGGAGCUGCUGUUGAUGCUGCAGACGAUGUUCGUCGAGUUAGACCUACCUGAAAAGUUCAACAUUCCCUUGCCGAUUCUGAGGAAUUUCCUCUAUGAGGUCUACAAUAAUUACAACGAGGUGCCGUUUCACAAUUUCAGGCACUGCUUCUGCGUCGCGCAAAUGAUGUAUGCGAUAGCCUGGGCGGUGGAUCUGCCGUCGAAAGUGGGCGAUCUCGAGGUCCUCAUACUGAUUGUCUCCUGCAUCUGCCACGACCUCGAUCAUCCGGGCUACAAUAACAUCUAUCAGAUAAAUGCGCGGACCGAGCUGGCGUUGCGCUACAACGAUAUCUCGCCCUUGGAGAAUCACCAUUGCUCCGUGGCGUUCCGGGUGUUGGAAGCGCCCGAGUGCAACAUCCUCGCAUCCUUGGACAAUCCCACGUACAGAAUAGUGCGCGAGGGGAUCAUCCGGUGCAUCCUGGCCACCGACAUGGCCCGGCACAACGAGAUCCUCGCCCAGUUCACUGACAUCGUCCCAGAAUUCGAUUACACCAGCAAGGCUCACAUAAAUCUGUUGUCCAUGAUCCUGAUUAAAGUAGCUGACAUAAGUAACGAGGCUCGUCCGAUGGAAGUGGCGGAACCGUGGCUGGACAGGUUGCUGCAGGAGUUCUUCAAGCAGAGCGACGCUGAGAAACUCGAAGGUCUUCCGGUCACGCCGUUCAUGGACCGCGACAAAGUGACCAAACCGUCGUCCCAGGUUAGCUUCAUCGGCCUAGUUCUCCUCCCUCUCUUCGAAGCUCUCGGCGAACUUCUACCCGAGUUACAGGAUCUCAUAGUUCAACCGGUCAGAGAAGCUCUGGAGUACUACCGUAGACUCAACGAGGCGGCCAAGGACGAGCGUCACCACCGGAAGAGCGUCGUGGACGUCGGCGAGUCGGCUCUAUCUACCAUGCAGGGCGGCACCGUCGGCUCAACCGCCGUCAUCAAAUCUAUGUCGUCGCACAGCAUGCGCUCGAAGAGAUCCGCCGGGACGAUUCACUCGCGCUCGCGUUCCACCGACGAGGACAUCACGGAGAACCUGACGAUGGAGGAAGGCGACAACGUCGAGAGUUCUGACCCGGAGACCGCCACGGAGGUGGAGAUCAGCGAGAAGACGCUGAAGUUCAAGAUCUCCACGGAAGGUACGCUAGCAGGGCCAACCAGCGGCCGGAAGAGUUACCCGGGCAGUCGGAAGGGCAGUCGGGAGAAGUCUUCCUUGGAUUAUCACAACCACGAUUUAGCCAAGGCCGUUCGUGAUCAUGAGCGCGAAAGGAGGCGCAGCAAGGGCGAGAACCUCGGCAGCGACUUGAGCUCGCCGGUCAGCGCGAGGUCGGCCGAGGGCACACGGAUCCUCGAGGAGAUAGAGAAAGAGGAGAAGACUUUUUUAGACGUUAAGACGGAAGGCAGAGUGCCCGAGGGAAACGGCAAUGUCAUUGCAGUGGAGACGCAUUCGCAACCGCGGAACAAUCUCAGGAAAACGAGCAGCGUCAUCGAGAAUGAUCAAGAGAACAGAUCCAGCCGCAGGGACGCGCACAGCAGCCGCGAGUCGGUCGGUGUGCGAUGCUGUUGCGACGACAAGACCGGGCCGAACAAUCACAAGUCAUUGUUCUCGCGGCUGAGGAACUUCACGGAUCGCUUGAGCAUCAGCUUCGACUCCAAGGACUCGCCGAGUCCGAAGCCGAAACACGCGUCAAAGAUGCUCAACAAGAGUAACUCGGUGAGCAGCGGCUCGGCCACGACCACCUCAUCGAGACACCACAAUUCGUUGUUUAUCUGCAAACGCUGCCACCUCACCAAGUCUACGGUAAAGGACGGUAACAAGGCGGCGAUUGCGACCGUGGUGGAACUCUCAUCGGUAGACAAACGGGCGAUGACGUUGCCGAAGGUGCGCAAGUCCACAGACUGCAAGAACAGGAGCUGGCGAACGGUGUUCGCUAAGGAGAAGAGAUCCUCCACUUCCUUGGAGGCUCUGCCGGCGGCUGGUUCCGACGGCUCGUACUCCAAGCACCGCAGAAAUCUGUCAAAUCCUGAGGGCAAGUCGCAGAGCAUGAAGGAAGUCAAGUCGCGACGAUGUCUGGACAUUGAGUUCCAAGAGAUCAACGUACGCCCCAAGCCUGAGAUUAUAGUCAAUCCCGAUGACAGUUGUUGCGACAUCGAGGAGGAUCUCGGCAAGGUGGAGAUCCGCCGCAGCUCCGCUAGCAUGGAGGACAUCUCCAAGAUGGCGAAGCAGGCGGAGGCGAUUAUGAAGGCGGAGGAACGUCCUCAUACCGGCAGUCUGGAUUCGAUGCUCUGCAAAGACGUCUGCAAGUCGCGCAAAAAGCCCAUCUUCUGUUCCCCGGGUUCAACGAAGAAAUCGUCGCCCGGCCUGUUCUCGCGGUUCAAGUCUGGUAUGAGCAUCGACAGCACUCGCAGCAAUAGCAACAGCGACUCUCUGCACGACCACGGUUCGCAGAGCGGCUGGAUAUCCUCGCUGACGGCCAGCUUCCGGCCAAAGAGGCAUCCGAACGAGGCGCACCCGUUCUCACCGCAUCCACCGAAGUCGCCCAGCAGAGAGGAGAUCAAGUGAUACGUCCUUGUGGUCGAGGAUUCCUCCGAGAAGAAGUUAGGCCUCCGCGGGUGGUGGCCCGACAACUUGUUCUGCUGCAAUAGCUAAGACUCGAGCAGACGGUUCGAUCGCUGAGAAAGGGAGAGAGCGUUAAUUUAGACCCGGAAACAUCCGGGAGUAUCGUUAUCGCGUUAUUUCACAAAAAAAGGAAGAAAAAAGCUGAACUAAAAAAAUUAGUUUUCCAAAAAAGAAGGUAAACAUUCCGCGAACGAGACGUUUAAUCUUCCAUUAAUUAGCGAUAUCGAAUCACUGUUCGACGACUGCGACGAACAUAUCGAGAAUAUCCGAUAGCGUGUAUUUCGCGAGAGGGAAAUGUAUGAUAGAAGUCGAUCGUGUGACAUACGAGAGAAUGAAAUCUUUCCCUUAUAAUUAAAGGCAGUCAAUUCGAUGGAACGUAUUUGCUCGAGCAAGCCAAUUAUCGAGAGGACGUUUAGGUAUUUAAUAUGUGAUUUCCGUUGAUCGAAUUCUUCUCUUCCGGAGGGAUCCUCAUAGGACCAUGAUUUCCCGUCGUCGACUUCGAGUGUUUUGCGUUCGAAGUGGCAGGAUCGAGAUCGCGCGUUGAUUUGCGAAAGACACACUCACGGCCUGUGCGGAGAGAACAUGUGGACGCGCACGGUGUAUACAUAGACUAUUUUAUUUAUUGUCCAUUUGAAAAAUAGCCUAACGAGAGAGUUAAUCAUUAAUGUUGUUCGUUAUUAUAUACAUAUAUAAAUAUAUGCAAGUGCGGAUGUGUAUACAGAGACGUAAGCACACACACACACAAAUACACACAUCUCCAUAUAUACAUGCAUAUAUGUAUAUAUAUGUAUAUAUGUAUGUAUAUAUAUAUGUAUAUAUAUGUAUAUGUAUACGUAUAUUUAUAUAUAUACAUAUACAGAGAAAAAAUCUAUAGUGUAUAGAUACGAGCGAAUGAAUAUGUAGUUGUAAGUAGGCAAGGAAAAAGAAGGAGAAGACACACGCGAGUAGAUACGUAAGCGUGGCUCUGUCGUAUCGAUGUGCGAUAAAGUUUCAGGGAUCGCGUAACCGCUAAGGGUGUGUGAGGUAAAGGAGUGCAGUCGCGCUAUUUUUAGAAUUUUCUGAGAAUAAUCCCGUUCCCUCAGACAAUAUUCUCAGAACAUCCUAGAAAUAGAAAUCAGUGUUCUCCGGGAGUGUGCGUGGGUAAUCUUCCGAGAUGCUCGUCCGUGGCCCCUGCGAGGAUCCCUCGAGCAUUCCCGGAUUUAUUUUUCACACUCGGCGACUACUCUCAUCUCUCACAGCAUUAGUAGGUGCCACGGCGAAAAGAGAAAAUAAGGGAGAUUCGUCGGAAUAAUCGUGCUUCAUUACUGGCACCGUCCGUCGGGGAGGGCGAUUCACGCGGUAGUAAAUCUCGUCGAUUCAUCGACUGUUCGGAGAACGCUGGGAAAAUUGCUUCGUGGAUUAUCCUUUGUUUACGCCACUAAAGCGCAAUCCAACUCGGAAAACGAGAUUUGCGACGGGCGUUUAAACGGUGAAUUAAAAACUUGACUCUCUGCCGCCGUUGCUAGACCGGGCUGACUCGAUAAGACAGGCGUCAUGUUCCACUGGAAGCUGACGACGUGCGGCCGUGUCGAUUAGCGCUAAUUGUGUGACACGAUCAAUUAUCCUCACCUGUUUAUACAUGUGUAAGCUAUUACGAUUUUGAAGGUGACGGAGAGUUUUUAACGUUGAAUCAAUCGUGUCUGUAGUUAUACAGGCAGGACUAAAUGGGAAGUUUCGAAAAAUUCGAAAAAAUUCGCUCGAAGGAAUUGGCGAGUCUUCUGCGAGACGCUCUCAGCGUGUCUCCGAACGCCAAAUUACAAAAGAGAAUACAAUUUUGAGGAAAGAGAAGGAACACGUAGCCUAACGGUUCCUCUCUCGGCCGACUGUCUCUCUUGCGAUUAUUAUUUCGUUUGAAAGUUCAGGCGUGCGUAACUCUUGAGAGAUUCUCGCGUGUGCGUGCGCGCACACACUCACACACACACACACACAUACACAGACACAGACACACGCAUAAGUACACGCGCAAAACGCGAUUACUUCUGUACGACGUCCCGCUUUUCAUUUUUAGAUGUUUAUAUUUUUAUACUCCGUCAACCGCGUCUCUGUACGGCGAUUAAAAACCGCAUGUAUUGUUGAACUCUAGUCUUACGUUAUUGUCUUCAGCCCCGGGGCGGCACGCUCUCGGGAGCAUUUCAUUUUGUGCAACGGUCUUCGCGCGAGCGAGCGAUUCUGCGUCAAAUACUUGACUGAUUAUUUGACCAAUUUCCGUACAAUUACUUCUACCUAUCUAUCUCUUUCUCUCCUUAUCGUGCCGUAGAAUCAGGACUCGCCGAUGAAACUCCACGUGGAUCCAGAAAACAUAUCCGAGAAGAACGAAAAUUCGCAUUAGAGAGAGUCUCUGUGUAAAAUGAGUAACUUCAACUCUUUGGAAAAUAACAAAAAAAAAACACAUCGGACACUUUUCAUUCGACGAGUCCUACUGUUGGAACGCGAAGAAGGGAUAACUGUACCAAACAGCGAGCCACUUGUGAUCCUUCCUCGAAAUUAAGAAUCAGAUUGGCACGCUCGUCCUCUUAGACGAUAGAGAAAAUCAUUUGUCGCAAGUAGCAGAGGACAGAUAUCGAGAAUAAAAAGGAUGAGAAAGGAAACGAGACGAGACGAGUAGGAAGAAGCGACGAUGUCUCGUUUGCGAGGGAGAGAGUCUACUGCGCCGGUUUACGUAACGACGCACAUUCUAGUAAUAAAUAAUCAAAUUCUCCGCGAUGUGAACGAAAGAAGGCAUUUGAUUUUGACUCUUGAGACUCACGAGACGUUGAAUAAUCGCGAGGCAAGAGACUGUCAUACCUGAGGAUUUCGAUCUUGAUGGGAUGCCGCGCUGCGAAACGAAUGUCGGGAAUAUUGAGUCGUCCUGCGAAUAAUCAGAUAACACUUUGAAAACUCUCCCGAUGCGUCUUGUAAGGAACAUUAGAGCAUACGUUGCAAAGCAUAUCCGAUAAAAUGUUAAUAAGGGAGUCGUCAGAUUGCGACACUUUUCUUUACUGAAUCACAUAGACUUUAAGCUCGAGCGGAGUAGCCAGGCGUUUGUAAAAAAGAAAGAAAACGAAGAAAAAGACUCGUAACGUGACCAAAGCAAGUAAUUCCUAAGACGUUUCUACUUCACAUCGUAGAGGAAAUCAGAUGCACUUUUUUCCUUCCAUAUCGCUCACUCUCUGUGCCUGAUCGUCAUCGAUGUUCAAGACUGAUAUUGGAGAAACGUAUUCAAUCCUAAAUAGUCUAUUGCUUUGGAAAUCUUUCAGCCGCAGGACCAAAACACGGCGAAACGCAUAUUACAGAUUUGUCGGUUCCGAUCGUUUUUCGACAUGUGUUCCACGUACAGUAGAGUAUAAUUAUUUGAGACACGUGUAAUUGCGAAUCAAACCAAAGUGUUUACAAACGCUGGAAGUACCGAAUUAUUACAGUCGUUGCAUUUACCUUGAUUUAUUGACACGUGUUAUACGAGUCGACGAGUGUGUUUGUUGCAUAAGUAUUUAAAGGUAGUUUUUCGUUGCGAAACCUUUGAUACCGAGAUCUUAAAUUUGGACUCAACGACAGCGAAUCAACACGCUCGGAUACUUUUCUCCAAAACUAGUCACACUUGUUUGCGAUUUCUUACCUAUUAAAUCGACUGUUUAUCAAAAUCUCAAUCAAACGGCGAUCAAUUUUCCACGGUCUUGAAGCGAGAACGAGUUUCGGGAGAUUCGGGUUCAUUCCACGAAAGCGUAGAAUGAAAUAUGACUCGCAAGAUCGUUGAAAUGCCGAUCCCAACUUCUUCGCGAUAUAUACGAGGGACACGUAAUAACGAAACUAAAUAAAUAGAUAAAAUAAAAAUUGACACAAUGGGCCAAUCAAGCCGUGGUACGCGGCGUCAUUUUACUCGUCAAUUGAAUUUUUAGUCCCAUUAGGAGUUUUCUCGUAUUCCAGAGUUGUUGCCGUCAAUUAUCAAGAUUAUAAAAUACACUCACACAAGCUCGUACAUGAUACACACACAUACACACAUACACAUACAUAGUUCCAAUUUCGUCUCUCGCGUUAACAUCGAAGAGAAGCAAUCGGUGUUUGCUCGGUUUUACUUAUUAACGUCGCUACUACAAUUCGAAAUUAUUGUCCAAAGCAAUUUGCCAUUUUAAUAACGUCCUCAAACGUCCUUAAUAAUGCCGUAAUUGAAACGAGCGGCUUGUGUAUCGCGGCGCAAUCUCGAAUUCCAAUAAACUUUGUCGAAACUUUUCGACGCGCAUUCUUCGUCAGUUCAAACAAAUUAAAUCACGCGGACGUGAUUUCGCGUUCACAAGGUCCGUUCUCAGUCUUUCGCCGUCCCUUUCUCACUACUCUUUAUAUUAAGUCGUCAGGUUAAAAGAGAAAAUUGAUCCUGAUCGUUCCACUGAUAUCUCUUUUCCUUCUUUUCUUCCCCCGUCUCUCUCUCUCUCUCUCUCUUUUUCUCUCUCUCUCCCUCUCUCUCUUCCCCUUUUCUCUCUCUACUCUUUUUCAUCGUUAGAUGAAUAUUAAUUAAUUGAAAUUUAUGCAUACCACGUAAAUUGAAUGCACACGAUAACCUGAUCCUCUCGUAUAUACGUACAGAUAUAUAUAUAUAUAUAUAUAUAUAUAUAUAUAUAUAUAUAUAUAUAUAUAUAUAUAUGUAUGUAUAUAUAUGUGUGUGUAUAUAUAUAUACCUAUAUAUACAUAUAAAUGAACAAAAGUAAUUAUAUAAAUAAUUAAAUAUUAUAUAUUUACCUGGACACAUGUGAGGAGUUGAGGAGAAGAACAAAAGUACUGUUAAUGCUCGCGGGCGAGUUACUAGCGCGAUAUUAUAUUAUUAUCAUCGAUAUUACGAUAUUAUGAUAUGAUUGUAAGAACGAAUUGUGUAUAGUUACGUGUGUAAGAGAGUGUCCGUGGAAGUACAUGGCGUUGCGGUGCGUUUGAAUCGUUCAGUGUUCGGUGACGGCGGCGUAUUUAUUUCUCUUCGUACUCGUCGUCGUCGUCGUCAUCGUUGUCGUAUGAAAUAAACAGCGAUUGUCCCACGAUUGACCAUAUUCGCGGCGCAAAACUAUUGCGAAAAACAUUCCGGACUCAAUCAGUAUAAUUCUCGCUAAUCAACUCCGUGACAAGGAAAACGAUCCAAUUUAAUGUCGUCGCAAAAAAUCGUGAACUUCUUAGCGACAAUUAAUAAUCGUUUUUGUCGUUGUGUUACGUAAAAUGUUGUCCUGUUAAUGAGACGAUUCGUAUAGUUGAAACCCCUACAAGUUUUCCCAUGUCUCGUCAUUUAUUUUAAACGCUCUCAGGACAUUUCAGGGAAGAGCACAAGUAAGUGUUUACGUUGUAAUCAGUAUCCGUCGUAAUAGCACCUGCAAUACAUUAUCCGGUCGUAAGCAUGUUACAUUGAAAAUAAAAAACAUGCGUCGAUUCUUCUUUUCUGGCCUA